CCCCGCUUGGGACAAGCAGUUUCAGACUGUGUGUGCGGUGCUCUAUAAUUUGCAAGACCAAGUUAUUUUCUAUUUUACUGCGCGGUCCAGAGAUAACUGAAGGUAACCACAGUUUACAAAGUGAAACAUGAGAAGGAAAUAGCCCAGCCCUGUGUGCCAACUUAUGUUAUGUAAAAAUGACAACUGCGGAACAUGAUGCACUAUCGUCCAUAUAUUGAAAGCUUUCUCAUGUGUGUGGCGCAACGCCAUGUAACCGGCAGAGGUUGUGACAUGCAGGAGUUUCCUGCCCUGAAGAAAACAAGAUGUCCUUAUAAUCAUAGUUGAUAUGUAUGUACGUGCAUGAUGGUAUGUGGUUUACAUCCAGCUCAGGGUGUGUAGAGUUUACAUGUUUCUCCGCGUGUUGGCACCCCCCCACCCCCCACCUUGGACAUGCACAGAAAAGACUCUGGCAACCCACCUCUGCUCCUCCCUUACCCUGGAAACCCUGCGAGUGAUCGCUGUGAGUCAGACUCGACUGGAUGGUUCCUCCGCAUAUAUGCAUUAUUUAUUUUUUUGCCAAAGGAAAAAAACUGUAUUUAUUACCUCUAUAUUGUUAAAUGGUCAUAUCAUGCCUCUCAUUGGCCAGUUUGCUUCAUCAAGCCGGUGCCGAGUGGCUCUCGGCAGUACUUACGCCAGUAGGUGGCGUACAUUUGCAAGAAAAUACAUGACACAUACCUCCAUAACCCAAUGACCCCAUUCCAGAAGGUGGAAGACGUUUGCGGUCAUCUUUGCACAACUCCUCUUGGCAAUAAUAGUGGUAUUUCUAAUUGCGUCGUGCUUCUGAUUUGUAUGCUUGCACAGGAAACGCUCAAGAGAUUUAGUGUUAGUGUUUGCAUUCGGAAACAUUCCCGUCUGCUGACUUCCUGCACAAUGACACCCAAAAGAUGCAGCGUCAGGGGCUACACGGGUCUCUUCGCGUUGCUGACGAGACGUUUGAGGAGGAGCUUGUUCGCUUUUCUUUUUCUUUGCGUACCCUGACACAUUUAUUCCUGUGAUUUAAUCAAUUUACCCCUCAUUAAAUGGGGAAACACUGUAAAUAUCGACAUUGCUAUCCUGCAUCCUGCAAAGAGGACACCAGUUCUCAGCUCUAUUGUACCUAGAGAUGAACGCUUUCUACCGUGCGCACGAGCUCCAGGAGACGUAAACGCGAAAAGCCACCUCAGCCCCGCCCUCUAUGACUGGUUUCCGAACUGUCACGUGCACGAUAUGGUACAGAGUAAUCAUCUGAUUCAGUGUGUGGGCUGUUCUGCCCUAGUUAUCCGUCCAAAAAACAAAACAGCAGCAUUCGGCGCGUUAAUUAAUUUGGCUCGAGUCAUCUGGCACCAGUUGCAGAGUUCGGAUCCCGACAUGCAGCAGAUCAACGACUCCGUGUCAAACUCAACGUCAUGGACCGUGACUAACAACGUGGUUCCUUGCGUGCUCCUGGGCCUCUGCUUUCUGGUGGGCAUCCCUGGCAACGUGCUGGUGGCCGUCGCUAUUUUGCGCAACCUUCGCCAGGCCACCGUGACCGUGAAGCUGAUGCUGAACCUGGCGGUGACGGAUGCCUUAUCCCUGCUGCUGCUGCCUUUCUGGAUCCCGGCGCUGCUCGGACCGUGGCCGUACAGCCCGGAUUUUUGCAAGCUCCUGUCCUACUUGGUUUACUGCACCAUGUAUGCCAGCGUGCUGACCAUCACGAUGAUGAGCAUGCAGCGCUACAUGCUGGUCCUGUACCCGCGGUGCAAGCUGAAGCUGCAUCCCCGGGGCAGCGGGGUCAAGGCCUUGCUGGGUGUCCUGUGGACCCUGGCCCUGGUGCUUGCCUCCCCAGCCCUCCUGCUCAGAAAACUGCUGCCCAAUGAGGGUCGGCUCCGUUGCCAGCCCCUCUACAGUUCUGACGGGCAGAAGGUGGCGGUGCUGCUUUCGGAGACCCUGUUAGGAUUCGUGGUGCCCGGCGUCAUUCUGACCAUCUCCUACCUUUGCAUCGCGCGUCGUGUCGGCCGGCUGCCCUUCACCUCGGGCAAGAGGCUAAGCCGUUUGGUCACAUGGGUGAUGGCGGCCUUCUUCAUCUUCUGGUUCCCGUCCCACGUGGCGAACUUGCUGCAAGUUGCCGGCUUCCAGGACGUCGCGGAGUCGAUCCGGAACGUGGCCGGGGCGCUGACGUUCUUCAACAGCUGCCUGAACCCAUUCCUGUACGCCUUCGCCUCACCCAGGCUCAGGGGCAGCAGCAGUCUGAUGAAGAGGCUAGAGAGGGUCUGCCACUCCAAACUGGGCGACACCCCACCGCCGGACUCCCGCAAACCAUCCCUCUGCACCCAGGCGGGUAACCUUACCACCCUGAACCAAACCCCGGUGUGAGAGGAGCGCCGCCACUGCUGCCUCCGUAUGCCAAGCAAAUGGCAGCAUUACAGCACCUGAUGUCGCAUGUAAUGUGUAAAACGCGUGUGUGCGUGCGUGGAGGCUCUUUAUCACUACACUUGAAAAGAGGUGUGCACAACUGAUACAAUCAAUGGAAAGGAGAAGCUCUGAAAGGCAUCAGUCUUCUCAAGAUGUUCCAGGUUAUCAAAGUUCCCCAAGGGGGUUUCUGUCCAGAAGCCAGAUGUCCCAGCAUUCCUCUGGAGCGUAAUGAUGACUUCACAAAGGCAUGGGAAGUUGUCAGUGAAGACUGCGAAUAAUGAGAUAGCAUGAGUGCCUGUUAACCUCUCAGCUGUGGACAGCUGC